AUGGCUACCCCCAGUGUCCUUACCUUUGAUGCUGAGGGUCGUGCUGUUGACUUUGAGGUCUGGGUCGAUGACCUCCAGCUGUUCCUACAGUGCGAUAGGGCAGACGGACUCUCCCUGUUUGAUCUCACCUCUGGUGCCUCUCCUGCCCCGCCUGCUACUGCUGACAGCACUGUUCGCUCACAGUGGGCCACACGCGAUGCUGCUGCCCGUCUUGCUGUGCGUCGCCACUUACUGACCACUGAGCAUGCGCACUUUAGCCAGUACAAGAGUGCUAAGACCUUGUACGACGCUGUAGUUGCACGCUACUCCUCCCCUGCCACUGCUGCGCUUAACCGCCUCAUGCUGCCGUACCUGGACCACUUCCUCUCAGUUUGCCCCACCACACUCACCGUUGACCUCCUCGAGGAGCGCCUCCUAGCAGCAGAGAAGAGCAUCGUCGCUGUAGAAGCCUCUCGUGGUGACCCUCGCACCCCCGUCUUUGAGGGGUGUUCCCCCUCCCCCCUCUUGCCCUCUGUUGCUUCUGCUGCUGCGGCCGACCUCGUUGGUUUCGAGUCGGUCGGCGCUACGUCUGCCCCUAGCGGGAGACGCUGCACCGGCAAGGGCAAGGAGGGCAAGGGCACUGGAGGGGCUAGCGGGGGCGGUGGGGGUGGUGAUGGAGGCAGUGGAGGGGGUGGGGGUGGUGGUGGGAGUGGUGGCGGGGGUGAGCAGUGCGGGGGCCCGCACUCCACCCAGCGCUGCUUCGGCCGACUGACGGACGCGUAG